CGAAAUUAAAUUCAGAGUUACACCUUAGACUUACCUCUAGAACCCUAAUUUGAGAUCCAAUUUAACGGACCUAGUGAAGCCUGAACUGGUUUCCUUUUCCCAUUUCUCGUUUUCGGCGGAUCUUUAAACCCUAACAAGAGCCAGUCUUCUCUUCAAUCAGAGGAAAAUCAUACAAGGUUCUAAUGGCUGCCAACACCACCCCAGCUGGAAUAGAAAAAGAGCAGGCCUUCGGCAUGGCGGAAACGGAGAUGGAAUAUAGGGUAGAACUCUUCAACAGGCUUGGACAAACAUGUUUCAACAAGUGUGUUGACAAAAGGUACAAGGAGUCUGAGCUAAACAUGGGUGAAAAUAGUUGCAUUGAUCGCUGUGUUUCAAAGUAUUGGCAGGUGAAUAGCAUGAUUGGGCAGAUGCUGAGUGCUGGAGGUAGGCCUCCAAUGUAAGAUGCGGCCAUCUUCCAUUCUCAAUUCUGAUUUACAUGUAAAAGCCAUGGCUUUGUCUUGCUGGUUGCCCGAGAAUGUGUUAUGAAAUCACAUUUUGUUCUGAUAAUUGUAGCAGUUUUGUAUUACUUACUACUAUACAAUAAGGAUUUUGGUGUUGAAGAGCUUCUUGGUUACUGGAUAAAUUUUUUAAAGAGGAAUUGCCAUUUGAAAUCA